ACAUAAGCCGGGGCGCGCUCGAGUGGAGUUGUAUAAAGCGAGCGCGCGGCGUCGGGGCGGGAGGCUCGAGGCCAGCCCGGGACCGGGGCUGGGAGCUGGAAGGCGCCGGCAGAGGCGGCAGCGAGCGCUCGCGCUGCGACGCCCCCAGGCGGCGGGGCUGAGAGAGCCAGAGGAUGGCUGCGAGCGCGGACCCCGGCAUGUUCAGAAUGUUACUGUUUCUGCUGCUGCUGUGGUUCCUGCCCCUCACUGAGGGAUCCCAGCGGGCUGAACCCAUGUUCACUGCAGUCACCAGCUCGGUGCUGCCCCCUGACUAUGACAGCAACCCCACCCAACUCAACUAUGGUGUGGCAGUUACUGAUGUGGACCAUGAUGGGGACUUUGAGAUCGUCGUGGCAGGGUACAACGGCCCCAACCUGGUUCUGAAGUACGACCGGGCCCAGAAGCGGCUGGUGAACAUCGCGGUGGACGAGCGCAGCUCACCCUACUACGCGCUGCGGGACCGGCAGGGGAAUGCCAUCGGCGUCACAGCUUGCGACAUCGACGGGGAUGGCCGUGAGGAGAUCUACUUCCUCAACACCAACAACGCCUUCUCAGGGGUGGCUACGUACACAGACAAGUUGUUCAAGUUCCGCAAUAACCGGUGGGAAGAUAUCCUGAGUGACGAGGUCAAUGUGGCCCGUGGCGUGGCCAGCCUCUUUGCCGGACGCUCUGUGGCCUGUGUGGACAGGAAGGGCUCUGGACGCUACUCUAUCUACAUUGCCAAUUACGCCUACGGCAACGUGGGCCCCGAUGCGCUCAUCGAAAUGGACCCCGAGGCCAGUGACCUGUCCCAGGGCAUCCUGGCCCUCAGAGAUGUGGCUGCUGAGGCCGGGGUCAGCAAAUACACAGGAGGCCGGGGCGUCAGCGUGGGCCCCAUCCUCAGCAGCAGCGCCUCAGAUAUCUUCUGCGACAACGAGAACGGGCCCAACUUCCUCUUCCACAACCGCGGUGACGGCACCUUCGUGGAUGUUGCGGCCAGUGUUGGUGUGGACGACCCCCACCAGCAUGGGCGAGGUGUCGCCCUGGCCGACUUCAAUGGUGACGGCAAAGUGGACAUCGUCUAUGGCAACUGGAACGGCCCCCACCGCCUCUAUCUGCAGAUGAGCGCCCACGGGAAGGUCCGCUUUCGGGACAUCGCCUCGCCCAAGUUCUCCAUGCCCUCCCCUGUCCGCACAGUCAUCGCCGCCGACUUCGACAAUGACCAGGAGCUGGAGAUCUUCUUCAACAACAUCGCCUACCGCAGCUCCUCGGCCAACCGCCUCUUCCGCGUCAUCCGUAGGGAGCACGGAGACCCCCUCAUCGAGGAGCUCAAUCCUGGUGACGCCUUGGAGCCUGAGGGCCGGGGCACAGGGGGCGUGGUGACCGACUUCGAUGGAGACGGCAUGCUGGACCUCAUCGUGUCCCACGGAGAGUCCAUGGCUCAGCCGCUGUCCGUCUUCCGCGGCAAUCAGGGCUUCAGCAACAACUGGCUGCGAGUGGUGCCUCGGACCCGGUUUGGGGCCUUCGCCAGAGGGGCCAAGGUCGUGCUCUACACCAGGAAGAGCGGGGCCCACCUGAGGAUCAUCGACGGGGGCUCGGGCUACCUCUGCGAGAUGGAGCCCGUGGCACACUUUGGCCUGGGGAAGGAUGAAGCCAGCAGUGUGGAGGUGAUGUGGCCAGACGGCAAGAUGGUGAGCCGGAACGUGGCCAGUGGGGAGAUGAACUCGGUGCUGGAGAUCCUCUACCCCCGGGAUGAGGUCGGACUCCAGGACGCAGCCCCACUGGAGUGCGGCCAAGGAUUCUCCCAGCAGGAAAAUGGCCAUUGCAUGGACACCAACGAGUGCAUCCAGUUCCCAUUCGUGUGCCCUCGAGACAAGCCCGUGUGUGUCAACACCUACGGAAGCUACAAGUGCAGGACCAACAAGAAGUGCAGUCGGGGCUACGAGCCCAACGAGGACGGCACGGCCUGCGUAGCUCAAGUGGCCUUUUUAGGUGGGUAUUCUUCUGCCGCCUUUAGAAUCUCUGAGCCUCUCUCUCAGGCCUCAUAUCUUUCUCUAGGCCUUGGACUUUGCCUUCAGUUAUAUGCACUUUAAAUCCUAUCAAUAAAGGAAAAAACAAAACAAAACUAACAACCUUUGUGGAAAACUAAA